GGGGGGCUGCAGUCACCCUAACGCAAAAAGACCCAGGACCCCCGGGGGUCCCGGCCCCCCCCAUCGCGGCUGAGCCAUGCAGGUCUCCAUCGCCUGCACCGAGCAGAAUCUGCGGAGCCGCAGCACCGAGGAGCGGCUCUGCACGGGGGGGCGCGGGGCGCCGGCCCCGGGGGGCCCGGGGAAUGGGGGGCACCAGCCCCCUAAGGGGGCCCGGGGGCUGGCGGCGGUGGCGGGGCUCCGGGCUCCCGGCCAGAACCUGCCCCACAUCGCGUUCCUGCUGCGGGAGUCCACGGGGCUGGCCACCGGCAUGAAAUACAGAAAUCUGGGGAAAUCCGGGCUCCGUGUGUCCUGCCUCGGGCUUGGCACCUGGGUGACGUUUGGCUCCCAGAUCUCAGACGAGACGGCGGAGAACGUGAUGACCAUCGCCUACGAGAACGGGAUCAACCUCUUCGACACGGCCGAGGUCUACGCUUCCGGCAAGGCAGAAAAAACUCUGGGCAGCAUCCUGCGAAGCAAAGGCUGGAGGCGAUCCAGCUACGUCGUCACCACCAAGAUCUACUGGGGUGGCCAGGCGGAGACGGAGCGGGGCCUCUCCCGGAAGCACAUCAUUGAGGGGCUGAGGGGGUCGCUGGAGCGGCUGCAGCUGGACUACGUCGAUAUCGUCUUCGCCAACCGCAUGGACGCCAACAGCCCCAUGGAAGAGUAUGACCCCAACUUCCGCCUACUGCUACUGGAAGAGAUCGUGCGGGCCAUGAGUUACGUCAUCAACCAGGGCAUGGCCAUGUACUGGGGCACCUCGCGCUGGAGCGCCAUGGAGAUCAUGGAGGCGUAUUCGGUGGCCCGGCAGUUCAACCUGGUGCCGCCGGUGUGCGAACAGGCCGAGUACCACAUGUUUCAGCGCGACAAGGUGGAGUCGCAACUCCCCGAGCUCUACCACAAGAUCGGUGUGGGGGCCGUGACCUGGUCCCCCCUGGCCUGCGGCCUCAUCACCGGCAAGUACGAGGAGCGGGUCCCCGAGAACUGCCGGGCCGCCAUCAAGGGCUACCAGUGGCUGAAGGAGAAGCUGCAGAGCGACGACGGGCGGAAGCAACAGGCCAAGAUCAAGGAGCUGCAGCCCAUCGCCGAGCGUCUGGGCUGCACCGUGGCCCAGCUGGCGAUCGCCUGGUGCCUGCGCUCUGAGGGCGUCAGCUCCGUCCUGCUCGGGGUGUCCAGCACCGAACAGCUGAUCGAGAACCUCGGCGCCAUCCAGGUGCUGGCCCAGCUGACCCCGCCCGUCAUUCAGGAAAUCGACGCCCUCCUGGGCAACAAGCCCAAUACGAAAAAAGAGUCCCGGGCGUAGGGACACGUCGGCGCCCGGGACUGUGCACGCCCUUGUCCCACCGGACUGCGUAUCCCUCCGCCCGGCUCUCUGCACGGCCCGGGAGGAGGAGGAGGAGGGGCCGCUUCGCGCAUGACCUAAGACCACCCCCCCGUAUCCCUCCGCCCCCCACCCCGGGCCGCUGCUCCGACCUAUCCCCGCGGCCGGCAUGCGCCAGGGGAUGGGCGGGCGAGAGGCCCCGCCCACCCCGCCGGAUCUCGCCAGCCGCUUCGCCUCCCCGUGGUAUCCAUGCUCCCGUUUUUAAAGGGACGGGCCACCGCCUCCUGCUGGGGGACGGGCGAAGGAUUCGUUGACGGAGCUAACGAACGAGCCGACGGGGGGAACGGUUCUUUCUCCGCUGUCAAUGAAAACACAACACGACCCAUCCGUCAUCCAGAGCCAGCUCUUCCUAUAGCAAUAAUGCUCCAGCGAGGGGGAGGGCGUGGGGGGGGGCUACAAGCCCACCCCCCCUCCAGGAACAACCUCCCCCCCUCCUGCUUUCGCACAAUCCUGGCUUCCGGUCGGCCGGCGGGCGGCUGGACAGACGGGCCCCGUCCUCUCGGGGUUGGUGGACUCUGUACGGAAACGAGAGCGGCGCUUCCGCUGCUCCCAGGGGCGCGACGUGGCCGCGGAUGCGGGGGGGACGGGCCCGGCUGCCGGCAAAAACCCAGGGGAAAGCGAGGGGGACGGGACCCAGGAGUCCGGGACAAAGUCUCCACUCCCCCGCCCCUGAAACGUCCUUUUCCUUCGCUUCCUGGCCUACGUUCCGGUGGAGUUGCAGUUCAGCGGCUGCCAUGACUCGCCCCAGAGGUGGCUGCAUCUCAGCGCCGGGCGAGGGGUC